AUGGAAGAGGACGCGUACCUGGAGCUCUACCUGGACCGGUGCGCCGCCCAGGAUGACCUUGCUCCAGCUAUGUCUCACCUGUUCAGCCCUGUGGUACCUUACGAUGUGUACCUAUCUAAUCAAUCCAGUCCGGAGACUGUAUUCAAUUCCCAUCUUAGUGGCAUCAAAGAACUAUCCAAUGACUUUUCAUCUGUGGAUCUUAGCUUCCUACCAGAUGAACUUACUCAAGGAAAUAAAGACCAAAAUGUCACCAGAAACCAGCAUGAAAUCGAAGAAAAGUAUAAAACUCAAAAUCAGCAAAGUAAGUUGGCAUCACCUGGCAAACAGGACACUGAGCUGGGCUCAAAUGGCAGCAGUUUAUCAAAUUCUCAUUCACAUCUGUACCCUGAUGGUGCCGACUCUGAAGAUUCCUCUCCAGAGAAAACAAACUCAGACACCUUAUCUCUGUCAUCCAUAGCAUCUAUGACACCAAUGAACCCUGUUUCAGAAUGUUCUGGAAUUGUACCUCAACUACAGAACAUAGUUUCUACCGUAAAUCUGGCCUGUAAAUUGGAUCUGAAGAAAAUAGCUUUGCAAGCCAAAAAUGCAGAAUAUAACCCAAAGAGGUUUGCUGCCGUCAUAAUGCGAAUCCGAGAACCCAGGACAACUGCCCUCAUAUUUAGCUCUGGGAAAAUGGUCUGCACAGGUGCUAAAAGUGAAGAGCAGUCUCGACUCGCAGCGAGAAAGUAUGCUCGUGUGGUGCAGAAACUUGGGUUCCCUGCCAGAUUCCUCGAUUUUAAAAUUCAGAACAUGGUUGGAAGCUGCGAUGUGAAAUUUCCCAUCAGGCUGGAGGGUUUGGUGCUGACCCAUCGGCAGUUCAGUAGUUAUGAACCUGAACUGUUUCCUGGCCUUAUAUAUAGAAUGGUAAAACCACGAAUUGUGUUGCUUAUCUUUGUAUCUGGAAAAGUUGUGUUGACAGGUGCCAAAGAACGUUCUGAGAUCUAUGAAGCAUUUGAAAACAUAUAUCCUAUUCUAAAAGGUUUUAAAAAAGCCUGAGUAGAUCACUCAACUUCUGGAAUAGUGGUUUGGAUAUUCGUGUUAGCCCAGCAGAGAAAGAGCUGG